GAGACCGGCUCGGGCUCUGCCCAGCGCUCGCAGCCAAAGGACCUUCCGAAAGCCAAGAAAAAAGGGCCUGGCUCAAAAGGAGGCAAGGCCGCGGUAGCCGGAAGCCAAGAAGAGCAGGAGGAGCAGUCGGAGAAGCAAGCUCAGCAAAAGCGCGAGGCUAUCGCAGCCCUUCGGCGGCGCCACCGGAUCCACGUCAGCCCUGGUACCCCAGACCCUGUUGAGUCCUUCGAGACCAUGGAGAGCAGGGGCAUUCCGCCUUGGCUGGUCCGGAACCUGACUUCAUUGGGCUUCUCCCAGCCAACUCCGAUUCAGAUGCAAUGCUUCCCAGCCAUCAUGUCAGGAAGCCACGUUCUUGCAUCUGCGCCCACUGGCAGCGGGAAAACUAUUGCCUUCCUCGGGCCCAUUCUCGCCCUGCUGGCUAAGCCCGGAAAGGAGUUUGCGCGUGCUUUGGUUGUGGAUCCUUCGCGUGAGCUGGCCAAGCAGACGCUGGAUGAGUUUGCGAAGCUUACCGCCGGGCGAAAGUGGAACGGCCGCCUGGUUGACAAGCUAUCUGGUGACAAGGCUGGGAACAUCAAGCGACUAGACGUUGCGGUGGCGACACCCCUUCGGCUGGUCUCGCUACUGCGUGAGAAUCGAAUAUCGCUGGACUCACUGAAGCACCUGGUCUUUGAUGAGGCAGACAAACUUCUGGACUUGGGCUUUGCGCCACAGAUGGACGAACUGCUGACUUUCUGCCCCAAAGAUAAGGGCAGACUUAUGCAAACCAUGAUGUUUUCGGCGACCCUUCCGCCAGUUGUCGUGGACCUUGCUGGCUCCAUUCUGACGUCACCCCUGCGGAUCAGCAUUGGAGACGUAAAUGCUGCAGCUCCGGACGUAGAGCAGAAGCUACUUUUCAUCACCAGCGAGGAUGGCAAACUGUUUAGCUUGCGGCAGCUGCUCCAGGAUGGCGAGAUCAAGCCUCCCGCCCUGGUCUUUGUUCAGUCCAAGGAGCGUGCCAAGGAGCUCUUUGGCGAGCUGGUCUACGAUGGGAUCUUUGUCGAUGCGAUCCAUGCAGACAGGACGAAGCUGCAGAGAGACAACACGGUCAAGGCUUUUCGAGCUGGCAAGCUUUGGGUCCUCAUUUGCACUGACCUCAUGGCUCGCGGUGUUGACUUCAAAGGCGUGGAAACGGUGAUCAAUUACGAUUUCCCCCAGUCGGCAGCCACGUACAUCCACAGGAUUGGGCGUACAGGCCGCGCGGGCAGGAAUGGCAAGGCUAUCACCUUGUUCACCAUUGAAGACUUUGAAUCGCUUCGCAGUAUCGUUGGGGUGAUGCGGCAGUCUGGCUGCGAAGUGCCCGACUGGAUGCUCCGCCUGAAGGCAAAGCCCAAGAAGGAGAGACGAAUGGCAGAGUGGAGACAGCCGAAGCGCAAGCGAAUCAGCACGGUCUCCGGCUACGACAAAAAGAAAGCGCACAAGAAGCAGCAGAUGGUGGAAGCCAGCAAGAAGCGAAAGAAGGACAACAAGGACAAUGAAGUACGAGUUGAGAAGGUGCGCAAACUGCGGCUAGCCAAGUCACAAGUACGCGACUACUGGCCCCACAUCGUCCGCACCAAGUUUGACUUGGAGCCGUCGGAGUCACCAGAGCUAGUCUCCCGGCUGCGCUUUUGCUGCACCUCCUGUGGCGAAGCUGUGACCUUGACCGCCUGUGGGCGUGUGCAUAUGUCUACUCUGUGGCGCCCUUUCGAUGUGCGCUUGUCCUUGGAGUCCAAGUCCGGUACGCCAGCAGGAUCGAGAGGUGCCGCCUUCGCUCGCGUCAUCCUUUGCCCCUCCAUGCUUUGCAACCCUACUGCGGGUUUGCUGACACUUGAGCUGUUUCCAGCGUAUCCUGGAGGGCCAGGAGUCAUGGAGCUGUUGGAUUCCCAAUCUGAAGAGCAGAUUGGCGACCCAGCUCUUGCCCUUCAUGACAGACCUGCUGGUCUCCGGCUUCUUUUGGACACCGAGGGCAGUCCCGCUUUGAUUUUGGAUGGGAAGUUCCAAGAUCUCGCGAGUGGCCGCCGCCAGCAGCAGCUUUGUGUUGAGGUGUCUUCGCAGGAUGCUACGCAAAAUGUCCUGCUGGAGAUCCAGGCACUCUCCGGAGCACGGACCUUGCUGGUCUCGAUCUGCUUGGCAGCCCUCGGCCCUCUGGGAGAUGUGCCCGUCUUGGCCUACCACCUCCACUUUGGCUCCAGGUGCAGCCUGUCGCUCAUAGCAAGUUUCGAACCUCGACGCCACCAGGUGGCACUGCGAGACGCCGAGGCGCCGACGUCCUUGCGACCACCUCUGACUGUCGAGUCAAAAACCUUGUCAAAAGCCACGGAGAAGGAGCAGCAGCGCCAAAGGCUUGCGCAGGAUCUCCGGCAGCUCCCCCGGCCACGAGCUUUCGUUCCAAGCCCCGGUCGCCCACGUGCGGCAACGGCCAAGCUCGAGGCUUUGCAGAAGGACGACCUUCAGCCAGGCAUCGUCACGCCGCUCGUCAGCAAGGCUGCUCUGGACCUCCGCCUUGCAUUUGCUCCACACAGCGACGCAGGGAACGCAGCCAUGAGCGCAGUGGAGCGCGGGAGUAACUGGCAGCUGGCGUUAUCCAUGGUCUUCCAGGCCAACUAUGUAGUGAUCACAGCCCUGGGGCGCAGCAGUCAGUGGCAAGCUGCCCUCCAACUCCUGCAGGAGUUCGAGUCCAAUGAGAUUGAGCCGGGUGCCAUCACUUUCAACGCAGCAAUCAGCGCAUGCGGGGCGCAGGCACAGGUAGCGCGGACACCAGGUCGCUGGCAGAAGACAUUGCAAGUCUUUGGCGGAAUGUGUGACUGGGGGCCGAAGCCAGACAUUGCUGCCUGCGGGUCAUUGAUGGAUGCGUUCGCCCGAGCUGGCCUUUGGGUUUUUGCUUUGUGGCUGCUCAGCUGCAUGUCAUGCACUGAGUCGCCACUACCAAAGCCGGACAUGGCAGCCUACACAGCUGCUAUGAGCGCCUGUGCUGCCUCCUUCCAGUGGGAGCAGGCCACACUCUGUUUACGAGACAUGCGCGCUCGGCUUGUUAGGGUUAGCGCGGCAGCAUACAAUGCCGCAUCUCUGGCAUGCGAACGGGCAGUACAAGUUCAGCCACUUCUACACCUCAUGAAGGACAUGCAUGAGGAAACGCUUCAGGCAGAUUCUAUCACAUACCUAGCUCUGACGAGUGCCUUGGGCAAGGGGCAGCAAUGGGAGCGGGCCCUGGCAGAGUUCGGGAGCCUGCACUGCAAAGCUGUGAGGCCUUCAUCGAAUCUAGUCAACAGCGCUAUCACCGCAUGUGAGAAGGGCUAUGCCUGGCUUUCAGCCAUGUCCGUGUUCGGCGAGUUGCGCAACUUCAGGAUCCUGCCCACUGUGGUCUCAAGCAGUGCAACGAUCACGGCAGCAGCAGCGCAACAAGAGUGGCUGCCAGCCAUUUGUUUACUUGAGGACAUGGUGGACUGGCAGGUGCAGGCUGAUACCAUUGCAUGGAAUUCGAUGUUAGAUGCAUGCGAGCUUUCGUCUCAGUGGACUUUGGCUUGUGACUUACUGGCAGAGAUGAAUUGGGGUAGUGGCAGCGAUGAUGUUGGCAUUGUUGCUCUGCUGGCCGCAUCUGGUGCGUCUGAGAAUGCCGAGCAACCAAAAGCGCUGAUGGCUUUGAUGGGCCAGCUGAGGAGCCAGUGCAGGAAAGAGCUACAAGAUGCAACAGGUAAGCAGAGACAGCAGAAGUAUUCGGUGGGUGAGGCAGAGCCGAGCAGUAUGUCGCAUAUGCUGGAGGCCCACGAGCUGUUGGUUGUCCAUGGAGCAGCAGCAUCAGACCUUCAAGUCGGGACAGCCCUGGCCGUUCUCAGACCCUGCUUGGUGUCGUUGCAGAGCUUGUGUGGCCUCGGUGCAAAGCGCAUGCUGCCAGCGGCUGGUUCUCAGCUUUGGGAGCCUGUUCUGGAGAGGCAGUUUAGCCUAGGUGACGUGUUCACGCGCCUUGCUCUGCACCGCGUCUCGAUGGACAGUCUGUUGGGCCACCAUUGGUUUGGUGCAGCUGCCUACGAGUCGAGGAAGGUCUUGCGGCAACCAGCACAGCUCUCACAAGAUCAUGACUCCAUUUUGGCUGGUGCGAGCGGCCAGGAUCCAAGUCUUCUACAGAAAACACCAUCUGCAGAGGGCCUGGCAGGGUGGUUGGCCGCUACAACUCCAAACAACCAAAGCGCAAGCAGCCGGGGCCAGGUCCUUGGUUAUGGUGGUGGUGAGCAAGGGCCGUUGCGACCGGUCUUUGUGCAGCAUGAUAGAUCCAGGCAUGCUGAGAGAUUGGCGCUCUCACAGCUCAUUGCGUGGUGGAUGGGCGCUCCGAUGUGA